CUUUAAUUUCAUCACCCACUCUAUUUCUCUCUCUCCAUCUCAAGUUUUCACAUUAAUGGCGUCAAACUCUAGAAGCUCGAGCUCGUCAUGGACGUUUAAGCAGAACAAGAUGUUCGAGAGAGCCUUGGCAGUUUACGACAAGGACACACCGGACCGAUGGCACAAUGUGGCAAACGCUGUCGGAGGGAAAUCUGCAGAGGAAGUGAAGCGUCACUAUGACAUUCUCGUCGAAGAUCUCAUUAGCAUCGAGACUGGUCGUGUCCCUUUGCCCAAUUACAAGACCUUCGAAUCUAACUCAAGAGCCAUCAAUGACUUCAACACGAGGCUAAUGAAGAAUUUGAAGAUCUAACGAAGUCCAUCAUGUUAUUGUAAAGAUUCAGAAGGAUAUGUGAUUCUUCUGUCUACUAAAUCUAAAUAUGUUUGAAUUGGUCGUUCGCUUUCAUAUCUGUCUCUGCGUUCUAUUUAAAUUAAUUGA